AUGAGUGCGGAAGCCGGCCAAGUACAUAACGUUCGCCUUCUCGAUGAACCUUUCCCCACCGAGCCGGCUGCCGUCAAGAUUCUGCAGCCGGUCGAGGAGGACCACAGUUUCUUGUUGAACGAAAACUUUCUUCACAAAAUCUUGGCUGAUCCAAAGUAUGCGGAGAAAAAGGUGAGUGUUUUUGUUUUUUCAUUGGAUUUUAGGUUAAAUGAGGUUUAACAUGCCUGAUUUCGCCGUUGUCUUGGAACGGCUUUUUGUGAACUCGAAUAUUAUAGUACCCUUCUGGUGUAAUAUGAAUUAUUUUGCAGGUUUGUGUGAUCGGUGUCGCCGGGAAGUUCAGAAAAGGCAAAUCGUUCCUCCUGAAUUUCUUUUUGAGAUAUCUCAAGUUCCUCAGUGAAGGAGGUAAUCCGGAAAAUGAUUGGUUGGAAACCGAAUCAAGUUUGGUCGGAUUCUCAUGGCGAGGAGGGUCGGAAAGGGAUACUGAUGGUAUCCUCUGGUGGUCUGAGCCAUUUUUAUUGAAGGUGGGUCGAUUAUAUUGCUUUUUGAUUUGAAUUUUUUUACUGUAUUAGAUGGAGUGACAUUAUUCUUGGUUUUAGAACCAAGAUGGUGAAGAUGUGGUGGUAUUAUUGAUGGAUACUCAAGGUGCUUUUGAUUCUCAGAGCACUGUUAAGGAUUGUGCAACAGUUUUUGCCUUAUCAACCAUGAUUUCGUCUAUUCAGGUAAAUCUUGGCAUAAACCAUUGUCUAAAGUUUAGGAAUACCGCUGAUGAACUGAUUUCAGAUCUAUAAUCUACAAAACAAUAUCCACGAGGAUGAUCUGCAGCAUCUGCAGCUGUUUACAGAGUAUGGUCGAUUAGCCAUGGAGGAAAAUGAAAACCAGUCCAAGCCUUUCCAGUCUCUUGUGUUCUUGGUGCGUGAUUGGCCUUCUCCCUACGACAUGGAAUACGGAUUCCAAGGAGGACACCGGCUCUUGGAAACAAGACUUCAGGUCAACGACAGACAACACAAUGAACUCCAACAGAUACGGAAACACAUCAAGGAGUCUUUUGAGGAAAUUAAAUGCUUCUUGAUGCCACAUCCCGGUCUGGAAGUCGCAAACAGCCCUCCAGGAUGGAAGGGAGGUCUUGAUGUAAGCUUUAGAAAGGAAAAUUUUAAUAUUUUGAUGAUUUUGAUAUGAAAAUAUUCUUUGAUUAGGUUGAUGCAUAAUUACCCGGCGUUUUUAUUAAUAGUAUUCACGAGCUACUGACCAAUUUAAUGAUUUUAUUAAUUCAGGCCAUCCAUAAUGACUUCAAGUCCUACCUUCGGCAAUUCAUUCCCCGCAUCCUCGACCCAAAAACCUUGAUCCCCAAGUCCAUCAAUGGUCAGCCCGUCACCUGCAGAGAAUUGAUGGUCUACCUCAAAGCUUAUAUUGAGAUUUUCUCGGGCGAAGACAUGCCCGAACCAAAGACCGUCCUCUCAGCGACAGCCGAAGCCAACAAUUUGGCCGCCACCUCAUCGGCCAAGGCUUUGUAUGUAAAGAAAAUGGAGGAAGUUUGUGGCGGAGACUCACCGUACAUAUCGAGCGCCGAAUUGGAAGACGAACAUUUGAGGUGUCGGAAUGAAGCGAUCAGGUUCUUCAAGAAUGCCAAAAAGAUGGGAGGAACCGAAUUGGCUCUUCAGUUUUUGGAAAGGCUGGAACAGGAUAUUACGGUAGGUUGAGUGAUAAAAUAUUGCCUAAAAUAAGGUGUGAAUUGUAAAGUAAUAUAAAUAGAGUGUAUCUUGGUGUUGGAUAGUAAUGUUUUUGCCUUUAGGAAGCUUUCGAGUCCUUCGUCAAGCAGAAUCAAUCCAAGAACUUGUUCAAAUCAAUGCGAACCCCAGCUGUUUUGGUCUCAUUCAUGAUCUUCAAUUACUUUUGUCAAGAAAUCCUUCAACUCAUCGGAUUGGACGGUCUAGCCUCGAUCUUCUCUCUCCUCCUCACCUUGAUCAUCGUCGCCCUGGGCACCUGGGUCUACUCCCGAUACUCUGGCAACAUCCGUGACAUUGCCGGAGGCAUCGAUCAAUCUGUCACAUGGGUCUGGGAAAAUGUGCUCUCACAACACGUCGGAAGCGCCGUCGGAGUCGCCGGACAACUUCAUCAACUCGCCAAUGCCACCGCGCCCGCAACGUCUCAGCAUCACAAACAGCGCUAA